AUGGAACCCCCAAAGCGGAGACUGUCCUCAGGCCUCGACAGAACUCCAAAGCGGCAGCGACAAGAGCAUCCUGCUCCGUCCAAGCAACUUAUCCUUCUCAGACACCACCAAACAGCUGUCCACACUUACGUCAAGAGGGCGUGGUUGCUCGACUGCCCCGGAGAGAUCGUAGACACCAUCUGCACGUUUCUCGAGCGAAACGACUUUCUCACCUUCCGUUCCGCUAGCAAAAUCCUUCAUCAAAAGACCCUCUUCCAUCUGAACAAUCGACAUCUGAAGGAAAAGCGGGUAUUUCUUUCACCUACCUCUCGACGCGGCCUGGGCUCUUUGGUCGAGCUCGUCGAUUUUCCCGAGUUUGCACGUCGAGUUCACGAAGUUACUCUCUAUAUUCGUGAUUGCUCGUUCCUCUGGGCAAGCGAAAUAUACGGCGAAGCCGCUACAAGACCGGGAGAGGGAAGAUGGGCACAACACUUCAACCACACGCCAAUGGAGCUGGGAAAGCGGGCUGUCGACCAGGCGCUGCUUCUCAUCUGCCUCCAGAAGUUGCCUGAAUUGGAAUACAUCUGCUUCGAAGAUUUCCCUGAAAGCUCUGAGAAUGGCCAGGAGGACCUCACAUGUGCUACUACGUCCGCAGUCUCAAACCCGAACGGCGACGAUUUCGAGGACUGCUUCUCACCUCUACUUCGCGACGUCACAAAGUGGAACAGCUUCAAUGCCGACCCGACUCAGUUCGUAGUCGGGGUACAGAGAGUGACCACCAGCGAGCCCCCUCUUCCAGGCGCAUUUGUGAAUCUUCACCACUGCAACAAGUGCGAGAAGCCUGCACGCAUUGGCCAAUGUAUUCACCUUGACAUGUUCGUCCGGGCCCUCACCGUGAUGGCCGUCGACAAAGACCACCUUUUCCAACUUCUCCACUACUACGACGUACCUGCUUGCGCCAAAACUUUCACCAUGACCCACAUAUGGGACGACGCUCGCGGCGCUCUAUCUACCCAGACUUCCUGCCUCAACCUCCGCGAAAUCCGCCACCUGGGGUCCGUCAGACUUCCAGAACUUACGCACAAACCGGUCUACUUCCUCCUACGCCGCCUGUGGAAGUCCGCACCAAACCUGGAGAUCUUGUACCUAGGCGGCCAGACGCCCAACGUGGACCCUCCUUGGUACAAUGGUCACGUUUCGCCACACGAGCCGUGGGCCCGCACCUUUUCGGCAACGCAUCUUCGGGGCAUGGGUCUUACAAACGUACUUGUGCAUAUCAAGGCCGUUGAGGGCGUCCUAGCGCGCUAUGCGGGCACGCUUACGAGCCUUGUUUUCCAUGGCGCGCAGCUUGUGCGGUCUAGUCGCUCAAUCCAGAACUUCCUGGGCACGCUGAGGGGCUGUAUGGCGCUUGAACAUCUCUAUUGGCACGCGGUGUGUGUGGUGCAGACAGAUGGGGGUCACGGAGAACAGUUGUUUGAGCUGGAGGGGGUGGAUGCGGUGUGCUUCGGGGAUGAGGAGAGCUGCCUUGAAUUGGCGACAUUCUUUGAGAAUAAGGGGGGAAUGGGGAGGUGGGCGUGGUGCGGACUCGGGGUGGAGGUGCCGGAGCCAGAGAGGCGUAGGGACAUAACGGGGUGGUUAUUUGAGGGAGAAGAAGUAGUGGCGGAGGGGGUGGCGUGGAUGCAGGCGGAGGUGGGAGUAUUGGGCUGGUGA